CCUCCACGUAUUUCUUCGCAUUUCGUGCCUCUUCCUCGUCAUCGUCAUCGUCCGCGUCGAUUAAACUACCGCGGGAUAAGCGCGAUCAAGCAGCAGUGACGCGGGUGUUUUCCACGUCCGUUGUCGGUUGGCACUUCGUCGAGCGGUAGUGUGCCGUUCCACUGGACGGCCGUGUAGUCACGUAUAGUCACGACGCCCAACGUCAUUGCCGUCGUCGGAGUUCACGUAGCCGUGGCGCGACGAUGAAACGAGCGAUUCGUCUCGUCAGUCUGUGUCUUGAACCACGAUAGAUCACAUGGUUGUAGCGAUAGCUGGUGAUAGCGAUGAAGAGAGGAUAGAUGAUCGGGUGACAAGGGAGUGAUAACGGUGGACCUCCGCAUGCGCGCGCCGCAACGAGGUAUCGCGAGGGCAGCGAGAGUUCAAGUUGAAAGUACGUGAGAGAGGCGACUUGAGAAGAGAGAAAGAAGAAGAAGAAAUUGCAGCGAUGUUGAUGCGCCGCUGUGCCUUAGAACGCCGAUGGACAACGAACUCGUCGUCGUGAGGCGAAAAUCGAGCUGACGCCUCCCUCCACCGGAGAACGGAACCUGGCCGCGACGUCGAGGAGCCCAAGCCGGAGCUGGAGGAGGAGGAGGAGGAGGAGGAAGAGGAGGAAGAGGAGCCGCCGGACGUAACCCUCAAGGCACCGGCUCCCGUGAAUAUGAGCAUGACUCUCGUCCGAAAUUCGUUCAAAGGCUGUAGCGAGGACGACGCAGGUGUCGUGGAUACGGAGGUGGGCGGAGGUUGCGCGGGUGGAGCGCCAACCGUAGGAGGUGGAAGUGUUGCCGGCGAUGGAAGUGGGGGCGGCAGCGGCGGUACGUGCGGGGGGGUGGGUGGUGGCGGCGACAGCGAGGGCGGAUCAUCCGCGAAGCAGCAGCAGGGUGGCGAAAGGUGUCCUCAGUGUGGCAUCCCUUGUCGGGACGUCCGUGUCCUGCAGCUUCAUCUCGAGGACACGCACAAAACGUCCUGUACCAUCGACAAGCACGAUCUCAACGCCCAGUUCUCCCAAGUGUCCUGUAAGGUGUGUAGCAAGACCUUCGCCAACGUCUACCGAUUGCAGAGGCACAUGAUUAGCCAUGAUGAAAGUGCUGUUCUACGAAAGUUUAAAUGUCCUCAUUGCGAGAAGGCCUUCAAGUUCAAGCAUCAUCUUAAGGAACACCUGCGCAUUCACAGCGGUGAGAAGCCAUUCCAGUGCAACAAUUGCGGCAAGCGUUUCUCUCAUUCUGGAUCGUAUUCGAGCCACAUGACAGCGAAAAAGUGCUUGAUAAUGAAUCUGAAAAAAUCGAGACAGAACACUAUAACCAAUGUCGAUCGGGGACAGAAAAAGACUCAUCAGGCUUUAUCGGGACGACGUGAUGUCGAUCUGCUGACAGCCAACAAUAAUACGUUUCUGCCGAUUCUGCCGAAGUUAUCGCCGUCGGAGUAUCAGGAGAUACAAAGGGAGGGAACAGGUAUUUAUGACGUGCCAACUCUGUUACCUCACAUGAUGGGAUUCGGAAAUUAUUUCCUGCAGUCUUCGAUAGGCAAGCUGCUGAACGCCAAGCGAUUUGACCAUGUUACUGAGCAAUUUGAGACGCAUCGGGAAGUGAUGAGUCCAUCGACAGCAGACUCUGAGGGAACAGAGGGCACUGAGGGCAAGGAGUCUCCCGCGCCGGUAGAUCCGUUGCAAGGUCUGGAUGCGGUCCGACGAAUAUUAGAAACUGUAAACACCUCCGUGACGAAGCAGCUGCUUGAAGCGAACAUGCGGAAGCUAUCCACGUCUCCAGCCACGAUGAAACGGGAGUUCGAAGAGGAUUACCAGGAUCAAGAUAGCGAAAUGUCUAAUGAAAUGACAUGUUGUCUGGACUGGGGCACAACAGAUCAAUAUGAUUCACAAAGUGAAGGUUUAGCCGCGAAACUCGAGAAUAUCAAUCAGCCGACAUCGAGAUCAGCCAAGAGAAAAGCGGAGGAAAGUUCUGAGGUGGAUUCGGAAGAUGAAGAAGAGGAUAACCAGACUCAGAACAACCACGGUAGAAGAGUCAGAGCUAGGUCGCUCAUAGAUGAUGAACAGCUUGCUGUUUUGAAAGGUUAUUAUGCCAUCAAUCCGCGACCUAAAAAGGAGGAGAUCAUCAUGAUCGCCAAUUACAUCAAUUUUCCUACUCGUGUCGUACAGGUUUGGUUUCAAAAUUCUCGUGCCAGAGAUCGAAGAGAAUCGAAAAUGCCACCAGCUCUGGUACCUUUAGCACUUCCAGAGAAUCCAUCUAUUAUUGAGCAGCCUUUGGAUUUAUCGAAGAAAGAAACGCUUGUUAUAUCGGUGACCAAAGAAAGUGAUACAUCAAGCAGAAACACCUCGUCUCCGUGCGAACAGAAGGACGAUAUUGCAGCUCCAACUAUCCCCCCCGACAACGAUGACCUCGAGGAUUUACCUUUGGUCAUAGACGAAGAAACCGCUACUGAUCCCAUUGAAACCAAGCGUAUACCUCCCAGUGGAGAGAUAAUCACAAAGAAUCAAAAUCAAGCGAACGCAAAGGGCGAGAGCGAAGUUGCACCACAAUCGGAAAUAACCCCUACUGCCACAGAAAACGAGCAGGGUCUUUAUUUCUGCGAUCGGUGUGAGAAAACAUUUUCCAAACACAGUUCCCUUACGAGACACAAGUAUGAACAUUCCGGGCAAAGGCCCUACAAAUGUGUGGAGUGUCCAAGAGCGUUCAAGCACAAGCAUCAUCUGACUGAACACAAGCGGCUGCACAGCGGCGAAAAGCCCUUCCAGUGCUCCAAGUGCCUCAAGCGCUUCUCUCACUCCGGCUCCUAUAGCCAACACAUGAAUCAUCGUUAUUCUUAUUGCAAACCCUACAGAGAAUAGAAGUAUUCAGUCUUCUUAUCUGAGGCUCGUUUGCUUACCUAGAUUAUACUUUUCUCCCAUAGACUUAUAUAGAUAGACCGUGUUCUCUCGUUGGAGGCAAGAAGUCAGAAUUAGU